UAAAAGAGAUUAUCUUGUUUUUGUCGCCAUAUCUUUCAGGCUGAUAACAGAUGGAAGAAGAGUCUGCAUGUUAAAAAUGACAUGUAGCGUAAUGCCCUGUCUGCACAUCUUUCAAGAGAUUUUAAAAUAGAGCACAAGUGCCGAUAGAUAACUGCCAGCUAUGAAACUACAGAACAAAACAUGGAGGAACUGAAUGUUGGAUAUUAAAGUGAUAUUUCAAGCAAAGCGAAUGUGAUGGGUACCGAUGGUAGUAAGGACCAGUAUACAGGGCCAGAGGAGAAUUCUCACACAUCCAGAUGGAGGAAAUUUCUCUCCACUGUGGGUAUUUCUCUGCCAGCCGCUCUCUGGCGAGUCAGCCCUCUGCAAAUGGAGUCACAUCGGAUGAUUGGUGACAAGGAACCAUCCAUUCCUGACCACCUGCUCUCCUCAAUGCCAUGCCCUGAGAAACUACGUAGGGAGUGGAGUCUCCCCACCUUCAUUAACAUGUUUCUGCCCGAAUUCCCCCACCGCAAUGUCCCAGGGCAUGAACAUUUUCAGGUCCUGGGUUACAUAGCCAAAGGAUCUUUUGGUCCCAUUUUAAAGGUUAAAGAUAAGUCAAAGCAAAAGACAUAUGCUGUUAAGGUUAUUCCGAAAUCUGAGAUUCUGCGCUUGGGAGUGUUGGAGCAGUCAAAAGAAGAAGUAAUUGUCCAGCGUCAGGUCCGACACCCUUUUGUUCAUGACCUGAAGGAUUGCUGGCAGACCCAGCGGCACAUCUACAUUAUGUGUGAAUACUUCAGCACGGGAGAUUUGUACACAUACUGGGUGAUGAUUGGUCAGUUUGGAGAGGAUGUGGUGAAAGUCUUUGCCGCUGAAAUGGGUUCUGCAUUGGGCUUCCUUCAUGACUGUGCGAUCAUCCAUCGUGAUGUAAAGAUGGAAAAUGUCCUCCUGACAGAUCAAGGUCACCUACGACUGGCUGACUUUGGAUUAUCCCGCCGUCUUGAGCGUGGAGGAAGGGCCUUUACUAUAUGUGGAACAAUCCAGUACAUGGCUCCUGAAGUUCUUAGUGGUGGCCCCUAUAACCACGCUGCCGAUUGGUGGUCUCUCGGGAUUCUUCUUUUUGCAUUGGCCACUGGCAAGUUUCCUGUGUAUCCAGAGUCAGACCACUGCAGCAUGCUGAGGAGGGUCCGUAGCUUCCCCUACGAGAUGCCAAAACACUUCUCUCCUCCUUUUGCUCUCCUGCUCACAGAGCUUCUUUGUAAGACACCGACACGUCGCCUUCGGACACUGGACCGCUUCAAGCGCCAAACCUUUUUCCACGGCACGCCGUUUGAUUCCCAUCUGCUCCAAAAGACCCCAAUGGAGCUGAUCCUUGAGCUGAAGAACCGGCCCGACCGCCCUGCCAAAGCCCGUCGAGGCCUGACUCUAGAACCAUUUCCCAACUUCGACUGUGACUUCCUUUUAAGCUCGCCGUGCACACUUAUGACUUCAGACCUGUCACCAACGCUAGCCAACAUGGAGCGUGUUGAAGCACUUAUGCAAAGCCAUGAUGUACCCCAAGACGAUGCUUCCAAAAGAGAGGUUUUUGUUUAAGUGCCAGAGAGACACCAGUAAGUUAUUCCACGUAUGCAUUUGAGUGAUGCUCUCAUCCAAAGUGACUUAAAGUCUAUACAAGGUAUAUGUUUUACCAAUAUGUGUUUUGUGCACAGUGCUCUACAAGUUGAGCAACAGAGACAUUUAAGACUCAGUCAGGAGUCACGAUGUCACAAACAUGCAUAAAAGCUCACAUUCAUCUGGGUAAGACAUGGUACAAGAUGGGAAUGUAAAUAGUUAAUGAAAGAGGAUUAGAUGAAGGGGUAUUUGUUGUGUAUUUCAUUUUUAUUGCGACGGUUUAGCGCAACACUAAAUUCCUUACAGUUUGUUGAGACUUUUUGUGAAAUGUGGUUCAUAGUUUGUCAUACAAUUUGACUGUUUUGUAAACCAACACUGCAGUUUAUUUCAAUAACAACCAUUUAUGAAGUUUAUAAUGUUAAAAUGUUUUAUAAAUUUAUCAAGACAAACCCUCAGGGAAAACUCUUAAGUCUCUGAUACUCUGUAAUACAAAACCCCUUUUGAGAAAGCCAGUUUAUUGGUUAUGAGUAAAACGUUGAUACCUCCAAAGUGAAUACAUGUAGUUUUAUGUCAUAACGUGCUUGGUUUUGCACUUCCAUGUAAGCACACAUAAAACAUCUAUGGAAAAUGUUUUUUAUCCUUAUAAAAAGAAGUGUUUAUAUAUGUUUUACUUAUUUUCCUAAUGUUUUUACUGCUGUUUUAGCCGAAGUUGAGGCCCUGGUUGAAUCUAUGUUGAGGUUAACCUUGUCUUGUUUAGAUAGAGACAGUUCUCAUAUUCCUGCUGAUUCUUGCCUGAAAUCACUGGUCCUUUUAUAAAAGGAUAUAACAUGUU